AUGAUCCCGGUGUCGGUGGUGGUGACCGUGCUGGGCGGCUGGUGCGCCGUGUACCUGGCGGACACGCUGCUCAAGUCCUCCAACUCUCUGAAGGCAUCGUACGAGGACUGGCUGCUGACGUACGGCUUGAGCGUCUCCCCCUUUCACCUGCGGUGGCAAACAGCUCUCUUCAACCGCCAGUUCUACAGCUGGGGGAGAUGGAAACCCAGAUUUCUCUACUUAUGGUUCAGCGUAGGAAUGGUGUUUGGAAUAGUUGCCAUGUUUGGCUCUGUUAUUCUGCUCGGAAAGACCCUGCUGCAGACUCUGACCCAGAUGCUCACCGAGGCUCCAAAAGCCCAGAAUGAUCGAAUGCUGCAAGUUGUGGUGCCUGGUGUCAAUUUGCCGGUCAGCCAGCUGACCUAUUUCUUCUCUGCAAUCCUCAUCAGUGGUGUGAUACAUGAAGUCGGCCAUGGGGUGGCAGCUAUUCGAGAGCAAGUACGAUUUAAUGGAUUUGGGAUUUUUAUCUUCAUUGUUUAUCCUGGAGCAUUUGUUGACCUCUUCACAACUCACUUGCAGCUGAUAUCUCCUGUCCAGCAGUUAAGGAUAUUUUGUGCAGGGGUGUGGCAUAAUUUUGUUCUUGGUGUUGCCAGUUUCAUGGUGUUGUUUCUGCUGCCAGCCAUUCUUUUCCCUUUCUAUUACACGGGUGUUGGGGCACUUGUCACUGAGGUUGCAGAGGAUUCUCCUGCCAAUGGACCGAGAGGUCUUUUUGUGGGAGACCUUGUCACUAACCUACAAGACUGCCCAGUUUAUAAUGUGGAAGACUGGAAUUCCUGUCUGGGAGACAUUUCAGAGAAGUCACAGGUCGGCUACUGUGUAAGUGCAGCCACCCUACAGCAAUUAAGCUUUCCAGCUAGAGUCUACAGAAGACUUGAUGGCACAGUUGAAUGUUGUAGUAACAACAGCCUCACAGACAUUUGCUUUUCAUACAGCAAUAAGUUGGACAGCCAUCUGUAUGCCUGUCUGCCAGCACGAAAAGUUAUUGAAGCCAGCAAAGUUUGUCGAACCAACAUGGAUUGCCAUAAGGACUUCAUUCCAAGCUUUUGUGUGACUCCUUCUCUGGAGAACCAAACAAGGCUAAUCAGGGUAAAGCAUCCACCCCAUAUUGACAUGCUCUAUGUAGGACACCCCAUGCAUCUUCAGUACACAGUAAGUCUCAGCAGUUUUGUGCCACGACAAAACUUUCUAAGUAUCGAUCUGCCUGUGGUGAUAGAGACGUUUUGCAAGUACCUCAUCUCACUAUCAGGAGCACUGGCAGUUAUCAAUGCUGUACCCUGCUUUGCUUUGGAUGGUCAGUGGAUAUUAAAUUCCUUCCUGGAAGCCACACUGAGCUCCCUAAUUGUAGAAAAACAAAGCAGAGAGCUUGUUGGCUUUUUGAUUUUGCUUGCUGGUAGUGCGCUUUUGGCUGCCAAUGUUGCACUGGGACUUUGGAUGGUGACAGCACGAUAGAACAUUGGAUAUUCUUCCAUCAGUUCUCAAAGUACACAGAAAUAACAAAUCCAUUACCUUUUUAAAAUUUGUCCAGUACUGGGAUUGAAAUAAUUCCCUUAAAAUGACACUGAAAGAACAAUCAACUGGUGAUUGUUGUUUUAAUUUAAAACUUUACAACACCAUGCCUGUGGUGAAUCUAACAGGAAAAUGUAGAAGCCUUUUUAUUUAUUCUUUAAGCACUUGGUUUUUGGUUUCUUUUGAGAAAUUGCAUUUUAAGAUUUCAUAGGAAAAAAUCAGACUUCAUUAAUUCAGACCUCAAAAUAAGGGAAUUAUUUUGCCUCAAACAUUUGUAAAGUGGGAGGGGGAAAAAAAACAGUUUUAUUUUGUAAUUUAAAUAAUUGUCUGUAUGGUCUCUGAUCAUUUCUCAAUCGGCAUAGUCUUCAGUGACUUGUUUCGGUGUUUUUAGUUUGGUAUUCUCUCAAACUGGAUUCUAAGAAGCCCUAAAGUCUGGUCUCAAAAUGGGUGAAAGCUAGGUAAAAAGCUUACCGUGUGUUAAUGG